CAAAAACGUUUUUUUUUUUCUAAUACAUUUAUGUAGCAAUAAAACUUAGACUAAAACGAAACAGCACAAAAAAAACUAUAAGUUCAAAUUCUGAAUAAGUUUCGAUGGACAGCAAAAAGAAUAAUAGUUCGGAGUCUGCAAACAAACAUUGAAGCAAAACACAUGUAACUUAGCCUGCAUCUUAUAAGUGCCUUAUAAUAAUAUAAAAUAAAAUUUUUUGAGAGAUCUCGAUAUAUUUUGAUUGUUCUGGUUCAUGUAUGGAAAUAAAAUCCGUAAUGACAGACUGUGUUGAUACAAAACUAAAAGUCAAUGAACAAGGUAAGAUCAAGGACCAAAGCGAUUCUGAAGAUAUCAAUCAGCAAAAUAUUCAUAAUAAGAGAAGUGAAAAAUUAAAUAAACCGUGUCGUGACGGAUUUUGUUACUGCUUUACAAGCGAUAGUGAUCAACAUGUGCACAAAAAAAAGUUACGGACGAAAUCUCGGAAAUAUUGUGUAGAUAGUUCCCAAAGUUCAAAGUGUUCUGAAGAAAAUACUUCUCAAACUUCUGAUUUUUCAGAGAUGAAUCAAAAUGAAUUUUCAGAGUAUUUGUUAUCAGAUCAAAAAGCUCAAAAGAAAUUCAAAGAUCAACGCAUAAAAAGAAAAAGUAAUUAUGAGUUACAAGCAAAAGCCACUCUUAACAAAAAUGAAAAUGCCCCUUUGAUUCAUAUUGUUCAAGAAAUUUAUAGAGACAGGAUUAUAUCGGAAGUGAAAGUUAAUGAAAAAGUUUUUAAUAGAAAAAAAAGUUUGAAGGAUAAAAGUAGCAACAAAACAAAAAUUGAAUAUAUUACUGAAAAGCCUGUAGAAGAAAUAAAUUGUGAUUUUGAGGAUAAAUAUGAAAGUGAGGUACGCAAUCAAUAUAAUUUGGGAAAUUAUCUGAAAGAAAUGUCAGAAGAAAAAAAUCGAUCUGGACAGUUCUUAAAACGUAGAGUUUCGGAAAAUUUUCAAAACAGAUCAACAUAUUGUAAUGCGCCCCCAAAGAAACCACCCAGAAGAUUUUCUGAAAAUAUAAAUCCUUCAACAAGAACUUCAAAGGUAAUAACAGAUUUUAAAGAAGCGGAAAUGAUUUUAAAUAACUUUUUAAGACAAUAUGGACGAAACUUUGAGAUAGAUGAUAAUUAUGUCGAUAAAUUGAUUCCGUCGUUUGAUAAAACACAAAGAGAUCCCAAGCAUGGAAUACCUGAAAUUAUAUCUGAUUGUUCGUCAUUUGGUAGCGAAUCUGAAACAGAAAGUGGUAUAGAAUCAAACAUCGAGUGGAUUCCCCAAACGGAAAAUAAACUGCUCUGUGCCCAAAAUGUUGCAAAAACAAGAACAAACGAUUUGCUAUUAAAUUCUAAAUCACCUGUUCAAAUCGGUUGGGCUCUACCUCCCAAACAAGAUAUUGACACUGUUGAUGGCUCUAUUAAACCACAGCGCGAAGGAGACAAUUUUCAUAAUUUUGCCGAAAACAUGGAGUCAAAGAGCACUCCCGUUAAAUCGGCGGAAUUUGUUAAUAUUAAUCAUUCUGAAAUAAACAAACAAGCGAAUGAAACACCGAAAAAGUUAGAUAUAUCAAGCAAUUCAACUAUAAAAGCCAAGGAAAGAACAUGUGAUUUUUUGAAAAAUUCUGCAAAUAAAUUUGUAAAUUUGGUUCAUAAAAUAAAUAGCAAAGAUAAAUUUCGUAACAAACUAUUUCAGAAAGAUGCUUCAUGUCAAACCUCCAACAUAAGUUUGCAUGAUAAUUCAUCAAAAAAUGAUACUAAUGACAAUAAAACAAAACCCAAUCUCUUUAAUCACACUAAUAAAAACACUUAUUUAGGUGGAUUUGACUUUAAUAGAAAAAUAACUUCACCAAAGUCCCAUCGGCGGUUAUCGUUUUCGCCAAAGAAAAUUAUGAAAAAUUUUUCCCAAAAGUCUUCGAAUAAUAUUUUAGAGAACCGCAAGGAUUUGGAAUUUUAUAAAUCUUAUCAAAAGGAUUAUAAUGAAGAUUUUUCUCUCAAUUUAAUGAAUGAUAUAUUGCUAAACAUUAAAGCUAAACUAGAAGCAAGCGACAGGCAUGCUACCAAAGUUUUCGAAGAAGUAGAAAAAAAUGAAAAAUUAAGAGCUUUGCAUUGCAAAAAAGUAAACGUAUCUGGAAGUUCCCAAGAGUUUAAUGCAAAUAAUUAUGGAAAAAUAACUUUAGAAAAUGUUGAGGUUCAUAAUAGCUAUGGAUGCUCUAAUAAUUUAGACCAUAUUAAGGACAUAUAUUCAGAAAUUGAAGAAGAAAAAAUAAUUUUCAGUGGUAGCCCAUCUGUUAGAAGUUUAGAUGAAAUUUCGCAUUUUUACGUAAAUAAUGAUCCCAAUUCAGAAUAUGCUGAAGUCAAAAAAAUAAAAGUAAAAUCAUGUAGAAGUUCUGAUUUGGAAAACAAUUAUCCAAUACUUUCACCGAAAGCAAGCAUUCCAGAAAACAAGCUUACCUAUGCGGAUAUUGAAAUAAAUCCGGAUUAUCUAAACAAAAGUUGUGAUGUAGUCAAGUAUGGCAAAUGUAAAUUGACACUAAAAGAAAAUGAAAAGUGUUCUGAAGGCAUGAAUAACGCUGUCGACAUGGAAGAUAUAAGCCAAAUACCUGUCACUGAGCUGUGUGUACCAAAAACAAACAGCCCUGAAUGCAGUUCAAAUUUUUCAAGAAAUGCUAUAAAUUCUGUAAGGAUAUUUGAAAGUAGCGUUGUAGAAAAUCAAACGAGACCAGUUAAAGAACUUGUAGAUUAUUUUGAACAUUCUUUGUGUUGCAACGCCACAUGCAAUCCGAGCAAAUUAGCUUCUUAUGAAUCUCCAAAUGGCAGUACAAAUUUCGAAACAGAAAUAUCAGAUGCCUUUCAAGAGUUAGAUUCAGUUGCCUGUACUUCAGAAAAUAUUUAUUAUGAGAUUGUAGAUCAAAAGGAAAAAGGUCAAAGUUGUCUUUUAGCAGAAGAGAAAUCAAAGCGAGAUUCUGAACUUGGAAAAAAUAGUUCUUUUACAAGUGCAUCAUUUGACUAUAGGAUGAAUAAGUCAUUCGAAGGAAAAAAAUACAGUAUUUUAAAACGGAAAUUCAGAAAAUCUAUUAGCAAGGGAAAGUCACUUUUUAAAAACAAAUUUCAAAAUUAUUCCCCUAACGACACGGUAAAUUCAUACGACCCAUGGGAACAGUCAAAUUUAGGUAUUACUAAAUUGUUUGCUGAAGAUGACGACGAAUCUUUGCAAAAGCAAUUGGAAAAAGCUGUUUUUAUAUGUAGAAAGAUACCGUUGCUGCAAAACACCAUUGAAGCAGUAGAAGCUGAACGGUUGCUUUUAUAUUCUGCCUUAAAAAUUGAGAAUCUGAAAAAUGCCGUUUCUGAUAAAACUGCCGUAAACGAAAAACCAUCGACUGAUUAUGAAUCUUGGAUUUGUAUUAAAGAUUUUGAAUUACCAAUAAAAAGUGAUAUUGAUUUUAUUGAUUUUUUUAACUUUUUUUAUGUCGGUGUAUUUUCGAACGGGCAUAAAAUUAUAUCAACGAAUUACGCUGAGAAACGUGACAAAUUGAUAAUUUUUCGAAAUUGUGGUGUUAACUUUGAGAAUAUCAAUUGCGAUACAAAAAUUGUAUGUGACAUAUAUGUUUUAAGGCUGAGAAAAGUUUUGAGCACAAAACUUACAAAGGAACAAGUCAAGGCAAAAAUGGAGGAAAUUAAUGGCUUCUCCGAUUCUGAUGAGCAACUUUUAUCACGUUUUAAAUUCCAAGGAUCAUUUCAUUUCUUCCCACAUAAUUUUACUCCAUUAAAAGUUAAGUAUUCCAAUGACAAGGAACUGGAAAGUUUGAAUAAAUUUUGUUUACAUUCAAUAAGCACUGUGAAUCUUCCAACAGAGACUGAGUCAGAUCAUUCCGUAAUACUUAAAUUCGUUAAUGUUACUGCUGAACUGGAAUUUUUUUUUAAUAAAUUUAUACUUGAGGGGUUUCUAAAUGUUCGUAGAAUAACAUCGGAGCACGAUUGGAAUAAAUGCUGGUGUAAAGUAGAUAAUUUCAAUUUUUUAUAUUGGGAUUAUCCUCAGGAUUGUAAUAAUAAGCCACCUAUGUUUAUUUGUAAUAUGAUCGAGUGUGUAAAUGAAAAAAUUGAAAUUGCUUCCCAAGAAAUAUGCCCGAGACCGAAAUCUUUUAGUAUUAAAUUAAAAAAUGAUUCUAAUCUUACCAGAAAUAUUUAUUUUUCAGCCGAUAAUCAAAAUGAUUUAAAUUAUUGGUUGAAUGGCUUAAAUAAAAUUUUAACUUUUAAAAAUAAAUGGAUGUAAAGUUUGAAAAUUUAAUUAAUUAUUAUAGCAAUAUUUUUUAUAAUAAAUUUAUACCAUCUAAUUAAUUAAAACUAACUACAAUAAUUUUAGGUGUAGUGUCAUAUGUUGAAGGAAGAGCCAAUAAUUUUAAAGUAAACAGAAUCUCUUCAUAUUGUUAUUGCUUUUAAUGUUUAUUUUGUGUUUAAACUAUUUGAAUUUAAUUGUUCUUACUUUAUUUUUUAUUAAGAUUUUCUUUAAGGCUCAAAUUACUUCCUGAUAUAUUUGAUUUAUUUUUUAUUAAAGUAGAUAUUUUUAUUAGAUAGCUUAAACAAUUUCCCAAAAAUUCUUAGUUGUUACACUAGAAAAUUGU